AAAGCGUGGGCGGGUGAGGGAAGGGGCUCUCCUGUCAGACGGGCGGGGACGCGGGGCACGGGUGGGUUAGCCGGCCCGCCGCAGCGUGACUAGGAAGCAGCGCUGAGGAAGACGCGAUGUGUGUGGACCAGGAGGGAGGUGCCGGGCCCUAGAAAUGCCCAGCCGGGGGUGGAGAGAAGGGCGGGGGGGGGCACUUCGGGAUUGACUCCCGCAGGCUCUCACGGUAGCCGUGCCUUGGGGAAAGGCUCUUCCCUUCCCCUCACACACACGCAGGCAAAGCGCUGUGCCAGGGACCAGUAAUCGCUGGGACUUCCUCUUGGGGGAAACUGCGCGGCGGCGCGGGCUGGGUCGCGGCGGCUCUCGGCUCCCUCCGCCCCGCUGGCGCUGGGGCAGCGCGCUCUGGUCCCGGGAAGGACGGCGGAGCUCGCAGGGGAGGUGGCCGCCGGGGAGGAUGCGCUGCCAGCUGGGGGCCGGGUCCAUCAUGUGACUCUCGCGGGCGGCAGAGACCGACCACCCCCCGCCCGCUCCUCCCCGCACCAUGAGUGAACUGGAUGCAGGGCAGCAUCCAAGCCGGAGACAGGUAGAGCCCGGGCUGCUUCUCAAUCUCCUCUACUGCGUGUUCCUGGUGGGGACCAAAGAAAUCGAGGCUCUGACAGACUUCUCAGGUUACCUAACCAAACUUCUGCAAAAUCACUCUGUGUAUGCCUGUGAUGGCGAUCGUUUGAGCCUGCAGUGUCCUCGACAUUCAACAAUAAGUGUCCAAUCAGCAUUUUACGGGCAAGAUUACCAAAUGUGUAGUACACAGCAGCCUGAAACCGCGAUGAAAGACCCCUUAAACUGUGUGGCGUCUACCACUUUGCAGAAAGUACUGGAUGAAUGCCAGAACCAGAGAGCCUGCCAACUCCUUGUCAAUAGUCGGGUUUUUGGACCUGAUCUAUGUCCAGGAACCACUAAAUACCUCCUUGUCUCCUUUAAAUGCAAACCUACUGAACAUAAAACCAAAUCAGCGUGUGAAAAUGAAGAACUGAAACUCCACUGUAAAGAGUCAAAGUUUCUUAACAUCUAUUCUGCCACAUAUGGCAGAUUAGCACAUGAGAAGGACAUCUGCUCUACGGAAGUGGGCCAUGCCCCUCAGUUUGACUGUUUCUCCUAUACAGCUUUAGAAGUAUUAUCAAAGAGGUGUUAUGGGAAACAAAGCUGUAAAAUUAUUGUCAACAACAACCAUUUUGGAAGUCCGUGCCUGCCUGGAGUGAAAAAAUAUCUUAAUGUCAGCUAUGCAUGUGUUCCCAAAAUCAUAUUUACAGCAGUUGAUCCAAUGAUUUCUAAUCUAAAUCCUUCUCUGAAGCAGAACGAUGGUGAAUAUGAUAUAAACACUGACCCCAGGGAAUCAAGGCUUCCAAAGAAAGAUGGAAUUAUUAUUAGCAACUCUUUGGCUACAUUUGCUUACGUUAGAGGGUACCCGGGUGUGACUGGAAGCCUCAGGGUCCUGCCACACUCCAUCUCAGAGAGGAGCAGAAGAGAAGUCCUCCAAGCGGCCAAGAGUGAUUGCGGAGAAAGAGCCAACAAUGAGAGAGGCUGCAGGGAGCAGUCAAUCAGGGCCCAGCAGGACCAUAUAAAAGGAGCUGCAGAACAGAGCAUCAGUCAGUUACUGCCUAGAGUUGGAGGAGGGAGGACUGUGUUCCUGACUGUCUGAAAGAGAAGUAGGACCACGGACAGCUCAGUGUGGGAAGGGACCAGGGGAGCAAGAGAGAGCUCCUGGCUCGCUGCUGGGACUGAGCCUAAGAUAGUCUGCAGGCUGGGACCGGGGGAGCAAAGAAGGAUCUCCUGGAUGACUGCUAGGACUGAGUAAGGACUAAGCCCAGGGAGGGCCGCAGGAAGACAUUGUCUCCAGCGAAGAAGCCUUGAGGGUAUGGCCUAUACCAUGCCCGGGGCAAGUUAAAGACUGUAUACUCUGGAAAGGGUUUGUUCUCUUUCACAUACAGACAGUGUGUGUGACUCAGCCGGAGGGCUGAGUCACUAAAAAACCACCUGAGACACUACUGAUGGGUCACCAUAAAUGGAAAGACUGCAGACAUACCAUACCAAAAGAAGGCAUUUGUGAGAGGUAGAUGUCAACCCCAUUACACCAGGGUUGUGAGGCACCUUGCCAUCACUUGCCCUUCACCAUGAAGCAGCGUCUCUGCCUGAUGUGCAUCAGCUCCCUGAAACCAACAGCCUCUGGCAGCACAAGCACUGCCUUCCAGGCCUCAACAGGUCUUAGUCUGGUUGUACAUGUAGGGACAGGCACACACCAGUUUCCUGAGUUCUCAGAGCGUUCCCAGCAGUGUCCAGCCCCUUAUUCACGGAACACUCGCAGCAUUACCAGGCCUGCUGUUCCCGAAGGAACAGUACACACCAGCCUGUAAGAUUCAAUUAAGAAAGCAUUUUUCUUUACACUCUAGCACUUAGAUGUAGGUACAGUGAAAAUAAGAAUGUUUGUUAUAAAAAAACCAGAGAUUUAGGUGAUAAUGGGUAGCAGAAACAAACGGUUACAUAUAAAACAAAAUCAUAACACACUUUCUAGAGACUAAACUUAACCUUCUAUCUAAAGAAGCUUAUCUCACCCAAAAUUCACUCCAGCAUUUUCAACUUAGUCUGAUUGAGGCCCCUUUUUUUCAUGAAGCAAAAGUGCUAUCCUUUUCUUCCUCAGUAAAGGGUGCCCAGCUGUCUUCUUUCCCUCCCAAAUAUAGUAGAGUAAACAUUUGAUGUGUACCUGCAGAUGGAGUUCUCUGUGCUCCACUCCUCCCCCCACUGCUUUUCCUUUCUGCUUAGUUUCUUUUUAAAAUUCUUGCAAUCCUUCAUUUGCCUUCAGGCGAGACUGGUUAUAGGAGACCCACUGUGAAACAUGCAACACUUAAUUUACAUGAGAACAGUCAGAUAGAUAAACCUUUCUGGAGAGAACCUGUUUUUCACCUAUGCUGGUGACUAGUCUCUCGACACAAACUCAAGAACAUAUUUUUAGUAUCUAUGCAUAACUCCUUACAUAUUAUCUGUACAUUCAUUUCACAAUGCUGUUGCUGACCAAUGUGACACCAGCUUUUAUUUGAGACCUCACAUGACAUUCUUUGGUGAACCAGAAUGGACAUACCAGAAUCAGGAGGUUCGGGUAGCCCCUCUGCACCCCCUUGUACAUUGGCAUUCUCGACUCACACCUGGCUUUUACUUAUGACAUUUGACAAGAGCACAGCCCGAGAUGGAGUGACUGCAGAUUAUGGCUCAGAUCCUCAGGACUUGCCAUUUGGCAUAUGACAGCUUGGGGGACGGGAAAACUGCAAAUGGGUAAGAUACCUUUGGGUUUCCCUGAUACUCAGACUGCAUGUGUUGGUCUGGUCCUGAGUGGCAACUUAGAGCAGUCUCAGGACUGCUUUACAAAUGCAUCUACAUUUGAGCUCACAGGUGCUAUUCUCAGCUGAGAUAGAUGUACCCACAUGAGUGCUGCUUAUGCUAGAGCACUAAAUAUAGCCGUGUAUCUGGGGAUAGCAGCCAUGUAUCUGGGGGCUAACCCCCAAAUGUAUCCAGGGGGGCUGGGCAGGUAUGUACUCAGGCAGCGAGCCAGAGCCACUGCCCUGGCUACCCUGGUUGUACUGCUAUUUUUAGCAUGCUAGCUAGAGCAGAGUAGCCUACGCUAGCUAGGAAUCACACCUCCCAGCUCAAAUGUAGAUGUACCCUUUGUCAUGAAGGCUGCAACAGCCUGAGGGACUAUUCUGGCAACCAGAGUUCACCAGAACACAGGAGCUCUCUGCCCAUGCCCCCUUUUUCCCAGGCCAUGCCCACUAUGGCAAGAGGGCUAGAAAAGGUGGCAUGGCCACCAGCCAGUUGUUAAGAGUGCUAGUAAACUAUUCAUAACACACAGCCUAAUACUUUUAGGGGCAAGUCUUUUUGCACAGUAAUUAAAGAAAUUGACUAGACAGGAUUUAGAUUACAUGUAUACAGACUUUUUGUUGCACGGCAGAUAAGGCUAAAGAAGUGCCAAACUUACCCAACAUCACGUAGGGCUCUUUGGAAAUGACCGCUGACUUUUGUAUCCCUUCUCAGCUUUUGUUUACAGAUGUUUUAAGUCUGGCUUUUUGUUUUGAA